GCGGACGCGCAGGCUGAGUCGGCUGCGGAGGGGGUGGAGCGCGCCGCCGGCCGGGGAGGGGCCGGGCCGGGCCGGAUCGGGCCAUGGAGGUGCUGCACUUCACGCGCGAGCCGGUGCCGGAGGCGGUCACGGCGGACAUGCAGCAGCUCAACCAGCUGAGCGCGCAGCAAUUCUCUGCACUCACUGAAGUGCUUUUCCGAUUUCUGGGAGAGCCCAAAGAGGUCGAAAGGUUUUUAACUCAGCUCUCUGAAUUUGCAACUGUGAAUAAAAUCAGCCUGGGCCCUUUGAAAAAUAUUGUCAAAAGCCUCCUGUUGGUGCCCAAUGGUGCCCUAAAGAGGACUCUGUCAGCAGAGCAGGUUAGAGCUGAUCUUAUCACUCUGGGCCUGAGUGAGGAGAAAGCUGGCUAUUUUGAAGAGCAGUGGAAAGAACACUCUCCCACCCUCUCGCGCCUCGCGGUGGGACAGACCCUGAUGAUUAACCAGCUCAUAGACAUGGAGUGGAAGUUUGGAGUUACUGCAGGGAGCAGCGAACUGGAAAAAGUGGGAAGCAUCUUCUUGCAGCUGAAACUGGUGGUUAAAAAAGGAAACCAAAUUGAGCCUGUGUACGUAGAGCUAACGCUGCCCCAGUUUUACAGCUUCCUCCAUGAGAUGGAAAGAGUGAAGACUAGCCUCGACUGCCUCAGCUGACUGGCUGGUUGGGUUGCUGCUCCUGCCUAGUCUGCCCUUGGGAAGCUGAGCAGGGACCAGCAGAGGCUAGACAAGGCCGCCCCCAACUCCACUUCCUUCCUCAGUUCAGGCGGUUUUCCUCCAGAGUGUGAGCAGCCCACCAAGUUAUUACAGUUUUGCACAUUAAUGCCUUGAGAGCAUCUGUGGGGGAAAGUGUAUUCUGUCAGGCUCUGCAGUCCAAGAUUUCUAUCACUGGUCCAUAAAAGGGCUUGUUGGGAUUAUGCGGAUGAUAUUGAGAGAAAAUGUAGGAGGCAAAAAUAAAAUAAGAAGUCAACCCCAA